AUGGCUCCGUAUGAAGUUUUAUAUGGUCGUAGAUGUGGAUCACCUGUUUGUUGGAUGGAAUUGAAUGAACGAAAAAUGAUCGGGCCGGAAUUAAUUCAGGAAACGGAAGACAUUGUUAAAAAGAUUCGAGCUAGAUUAAAGGCGACUUUUGAUAGACAUAAAUCAUAUGCAGAUUUGAAACAUCGGGAUAUUGAAUAUUCUGUCGGCGAUAAAGUAUUUCUUAAAGUUUCACCUUGGAAGAAAAUUUUGAGUCCUCUUUUUAUUGGACCGUAUGAUAUUACAGAAAAAGUGAGAUUAGUUGCAUACUAUUUGGCCUUGCCUCCGAAAUUACAAAAAAUUCAUGUUGUUUUUCACAUAUCAAUGCUCAGAAGGUAUCGAUCAGACCCCUCUCAUGUUAUUUCGACAGAAGAUAUUGAAAUUCAACCUGAUUUAUCAUAUGAAGAUCCAGUUGAGAUUUUAGCACGAGAAGUAAAAGAAUUGCAUAAUAAUCGAGUUCUGUUAGUGAAAGUAUUAUGGCGUAGUCAUAGUGUUGAGGAAGCAACUUUAGAACCGGAAGAAACAAUGAGAUCUUAG